UAUUUUUCGCUUUAAAGUGCAUAAAAACCAUGUCAGCUACCACGAAACUCUUGCUGGGCAGUGUUCUCUGCCAUAAGCUGGGCAAGGUGAGGCUUACACGCUCCAUGCACACGCACCCCGCACUCUUGUCCAGCUUUCGCUCGUCCAAGGAGGUUCAGAGCCUAGAACAGUACCUCGAGGUGGAGCCCAUUGAGAACGCGGCUGCCUGGAAGUUUGUGGAACGCCUGCUGCCGCCCCCUACUGUUCCCCGGCCGGUGGCUAAGGCGGAUUACCCAUCCGGGUGGCAGCCACAGAAGUCGGAUGGCUCGGACAGCAGUUAUUUUGUGGCCCGCACCAAGAAUCACAUGGUGCCCGUAUACUUACAUACCUGUUUCCGUGGCCAACGUCGCAUCACGGUGGUGCGUCGCGUCCAGGGCGACAUUUGGGCCCUAGAGAAAGAUCUUCGUUCCGUGGUGGAGCAGGCGCGCAAUGGAAAACUCUGCGCCUCACGCGUCAACGAGCUCAGCGGCCAGAUACACAUUCACGGCGACUAUGUGGAUAUCUUGCGUGAGCACCUCAAGGCCAAGGGCUUCUGAUUAAACUGCUUUUUUUUAAUACUAUAGAAACAAA